AUGCCCUUUGGGUCAAAUUUGACCCUGACCCGCAGGUCACAAAAUUGAACAUUUUAUACACUUCUUGCUUGCUUAUUUUGUGAAAACUUUUAAAAUAUUCUUGUCCUUAACUCUAGGAUCUAGGGCUACCAUAUUUUGUAUGUAGUGAGAUAUAGUAGUUCUAUAUGUGUCCAAUAAUUAUGUUGAUGAAGGUGGCAGUGGUAAUGACUUGAUUUGUCUGUGAGAUAUGAAUGCCAAAGUCUUCGUUUUACAUAACAUGAAUUUUUAUGUAAAAGUGGUGGUUCUUCAUAAAUUCUACAUGUUCUUUGCAAAUGACCUAUACAAAGUUGUUCCAGGAGUACCAUAUUGCCUGACAAUCUUUUGUUUUAUUGUUAACUUAAACUGUACUUGAUUCUAGCAUGCCACUAUACUUCUUUGAAGUAAUUUGAGCAAAUUUCUCACUGUUUAGUAAUGUAUACAUUGUUUAAGGUACAUUAUAAUUUCACAUUUUGUAGGUGGACUUCAAUAUGUAUGAUCUACUUAUGCUGCCACAAUGUAAAGGCAACAAUCACUGGGUUUUGCUGGUUGCAAGUGUUAUGUCCAGGACUGUAACCAUUUACGACUCGUUGGGUGGUAACAACAAGGCCUUGUUCGAUUUGUUCUGCCAGUUCAUGUGUCAACGAGCGCAAAUUGUGAAAGAUGGCUUGGAAAAAUUCAGUUCAGAGUUCAAAGCGCCACCUUGCAACAAACAGCGCCAUGGAAACAGCUGUGGAGUGUUUGCAUUGAUGACUGCCAAAUGUUUGGUCCUGAAAAUGCAUCCCACAAUGUUGCGACAGGCCCAUGAUUCAGUUUAUCGAGACUAGUCGUGAGACG